UGCUUCUAAACUCGAAACUCCUACUCUCUCUUUUAGCUCCGGCGAUAUUUCAUACCCUGUAACCCCAGAAUAGAAAGAUAAGAGAUUCUCCGAUGACCACUUCUCUACUUUGUCCCAACACCUUUCUUCAUGGCACCAAGAUCUUCUCUCCUUCUCCCCCACGACGGGUCUCACCUCCCAGAAGCUUCAAAUCCGUAGCUUCCAUGGCUUCUGACCACGUCCCCAAGCAGUUCAGAGAAGAGAACCUCAAAGAUGGAUUGAUGGAUAAUUACAAGAAUGUGCCGCAGUAUCUGUAUGGGCUUUCUCCUUCCCAAAUGGACAUGUUUAUGACAGAGGACAAUCCGGCCAGACGUCAGUCUGAAAGUGUUACAGAGAAUAGCAUUUCAUCAGCCAACAACUAUUUGAACAAUGGGGGGAUGUGGAGUAUGUCGGGCAUGGAUGAGAAGGGCCCUUCAAAAUAUAGUAUGAGUGUGAGCAUGUACCGUGGUGGUGCGAGGGGAUAUGGAAGACCCCGAACUGCUCCUCCGGAUUUGCCUUCUUUACUAUUGGAUGCUAGAAUUUGCUACUUGGGAAUGCCGAUUGUGCCAGCAGUAACUGAGCUUCUUGUUGCUCAAUUUAUGUGGUUGGAUUAUGACAACCCCUCAAAGCCUAUAUAUUUGUACAUAAAUUCUUCUGGAACACAGAAUGAGAAGAUGGAGAGCGUUGGAUCUGAAACUGAGGCAUAUGCCAUUGCUGACAUGAUGAAAUAUGUCAAAUCAGACGUUUAUACGGUGAAUUGUGGCAUGGCCUAUGGACAAGCAGCACUGCUUCUGUCUCUUGGAACAAAGGGUUAUCGUGCUGUGCAGCCAAAUUCCUCCACAAAGUUAUAUCUGCCCAAGGUCAGCAGGUCAAGUGGAUCGGUUAUUGACAUGUGGAUUAAGGCCAAGGAACUGGAUGCCAACACCGAGUACUACAUUGAGCUGCUUGCAAAAGGAACAGGAAAAUCCAAGGAAGAAAUUGCUAAGGACAUCCGGCGGCCAAAGUAUUUUCAAGGACAAGAAGCGAUAGAGUAUGGGCUUGUUGACAAGAUAAUUGAUUCGCGUGAUUCUGCAUUUGAGAAGCGGAAUUACGAUGAGAUGCUUACUCAAUCAAGAGCUAUGAGAAGAGGCGGGCCACAAGCAGCUCCAUCUGGGUUUAGGUGAUUUGAUGAGGAUAGCAUUGCCAAGAUAUAGAACAGUAAGCCUGGGCUGGUCAUCUCUUUCUUUCCAUAUCUUCUACCUUUUAGAAGCUGGCUGCAUUUGGGGUUUUGGCCGGAGACAAUGAUGUAAAAAUGCCCCAUUUUAUGACCAGGCAGUAGUUGAUUUAUAUCUCUGAAGCUGUAUAUCUUCAUUAUGUUAGCUACUCAGAUGAUAAGUGUUCUGUUGGAAAGAAAGCGCAAAAAACAAUAACUUAUAUGGCCAAACGGGCUUAAGAGAUUCCUCCAGCUUUUAUUUUGCCUGUAGGUAUUCUGUUUCCUCCA